CGUAAAAAGCGGAAGUCCGGCUGGGCUGCGCAGUGCAGUAGGUUUGAAAGCGCAGCGCGCGCAGCUUCGCGGUGGAUCUGAGGAGAAGAUGGCGGCGGUGUUGGAGCGGAGCUUCGUGGAGUUCUGCGGGUUCGAGCGGGAAGCGGAGCGGCGGUUCCGAGAGAUCACUGUAAACCCAGGUGUCAGUGCUCCUCCAGGUGGGCUGAAGUACGCGGACAGCGCUGGAGCAUUUCACUAUGAGGAGAGCGGCAAGUUGCUGUCUGUUACCAGCAACCGGUUCAUCCACUGGUCGACAUCAGGUGACUCUGUGCAGCUGGUGGAGCAGUCUCUGGAUACCAACCUCCUGAACAACUCCGUCAGGCUAAAGUUCAGCCGCUGCAGUGCUCUGCCGGGAGGAGUCAGCAUCCAGGAGACCCUGAACAAUGUCAUCAUCCUCAUCUGCACCGAUCAGAGCGUCCACAGGCUGGUGCUGCCACACCCGGCGCGCAUGUACCGCAGCGAGCUGGUGACAGAACGCCACAUGCAGUCCAUCUUCACCGACGUGAUGAAGCUGGAUCUGCAGGACCCGGCUCACCACUCCGUCAUCCCUGGCUGGGCUGGGCACACAGCCAGUCCCGGCGCCUCGGCGGCCUGGAUCAGUUUCCAUGGCGACGCCCACUUCGCUCUGGCUUCUCCUGCAGGGGGCAUCACCGUGGUGACGCUGCCGCCUCAUGACGCUCGGGGUGACCUGGCUGUGCGCGCGCACGUUGAAGCUGUGGGCGUGUCUGUGGUGGAGCUGAAGAGGAGCUCUGUGAUUAGCAGGCUCUCCGGCUGGAUGCCCACAGCCAUCCGAGGUGAGCAGAGCUCGGCGGACCUGGUUCUGAGUCUGGCGGUCCGAGAGCUGGAAGAAGACUCCUUCGUCUUCGCUCUGGGUCAGGACCACAAGCUGCGCAUGUGGUCGCUCACGGAUCAGACAUGUCUCCUGGAGGCAGACAUGUUGAAGUACAUGCCUGUGUGUAAAGGCGUGAGGCGUCUGUCGGGUCAGGGUCACCGCCUUAAACUGGCCUUCUCGUCCAGAACCGGGCUCUGCCUGUGCGUUUACCUGGCGGUCCCUCAGAGGGGACAGUUCAUCGUUCUGCAGCUGGUCGGAACCGACAACAACCACUACAGCCUCGAGCACAUCUCCUCGCUAUUCAGCACACACGAGACUCUGGUGGACUUCACUCUGACCCCGUCCGAUGUCUGGGCCCUGUGGGUGGAUGAGUCCAACAACACCCUGGUCAAAUACAUCAACUUUGAACUCAACACGACGGGCCAGUGGAACCAGGUGUUUGUUCAGCCUCCACCAGAAGAAGAAGUCCCUGUAGGAGUGGACCUGGACCCUCGGGAGACCUACCUGGAGGUUCUGUUCUCUCCUCUGAGGUUCACAGUUUCAGCCAUCGUUAAAGCUCUGCAGAUCUUUCGUCGUGGCUCUGAGAAGGUCUCAGAUCUGUCCUGGGAGAACCUGAAGAAGGAGGUGACUGUGGCUGUGGAGAGUGAGCUGCAGAGCAGCGUCACAGAGUUCGAGUUUUCUCAGGAGGAGUACCGUCAGCUGCAGGUGGAGUUCUGGUCCCGGUUCUAUUCCUGCUGUCUGCAGUACCAGGAGGUGGAGUCGUCUCCUCUCGGUUUGACCGUCAGUCACUACACCGGCAUGGUCUGUCUGCUCCGCAAGGGUUUCGUCUCGUUCCUGCUGCCGUGUUUCGCCGUAGAUCAUCUGUACCUGUCAAGUGACGAGUACCUGUUCUUUGAGGAGGAUAUGCCUGUUGCCGAUGACCCAGACGUGGCCAGAGACGUCCUGCAGCUCGUUCGGAGCCUGCGCCUCAUCAGCGACACCAUUUCUGUGGAGAUGGCGUACGAGAUGGAGAAAGCUCUGGAAUAUCUUCAACCUCCUGGGAGAGCCGCUGAGCUCGUCCUGGAGAACAUGCUGUGCAAUAACGAUAACGUGAUUGUGGACAUCCAGAACAAACUGCAGGGCGUCCGAAACCCAACUGCAGCCAUAAUGGUUCUGCUGAGGGAGAUGGACCUGGAGACUGAUUCUGACCUCGGUGGAGAUGGGCCUGUGGCUGCAGACCUGUCCGUGAGGAUGAGUCUGUCCCAGCUGUACAGCAGCAACUGUGCUGUCUCUGUCGUCUGUCAGGCCGUCUGCCACAUGGCCAUGACCCGAGCCCGGUUCUGCAGAGACCUGCUCAUACUGCAGAAACUCUACCUGCACUUUGGAAACAACGUGUUUCUGGGUGGGGGGGCCCAGCUGCUGCAGGUGAGGCAGGACCUGAUCCCUCGGACCUCCCACCUCCUCUCCUCCUAUCACCUCCUCAGACAAGUCAGUCAGAGCCUCGCCUCCUCUGUCCCCAUGGACACCAUUGACGUGAACCUGCAGCACCUCACGGCGCUGGAGCUGUCGGACACGCCGAGCAUCACUUCAGGUAGAUCAGCCCUGAACCCUCAGACGCUGGUGGAGCUCUUCUAUCAGACUGUUGGCCGGAGGAUUAUCAUCUCCCAGAUGUUCUCUCAGCAGCAGUACGACUCUCUGCUCCUUUGGACUCAGUUAAUCUCCACCGUGGUCCAGCUGCUUGCUCAGCUGCUCUGGCCCAGUAACCCUGGUUUCCAGUUCCCAGAGUGUCUGAUGGCCAACUGUCAGUUCAACCAGCUGCAAGAGUACGUGCGUCUGACUGACCCAUGGUGUCAGGUGAACAUUGGCUCGUGUCGCUUCAUGUUGGCUCAGUGUUACCUGGCCAACGGUGAGAGUCAGAAGGCUCUGCAGUGUUUCCAGCAGGCGGCGUCGGAGGUUGAAAGGGAGGAGUUUUUGAUGAAGUUGACAGCCGGCGAGGAUGAGGAGGCAGCUCCCAGCCCCAGAUUACAGUAUUACAACAAGGUGUUGCGGUUGCUGGAGGAUGUCGGUCUACCUGAACUCGUUAUCCAGCUUGCCUCUCUGGCCAUCACUGAGACAGUUGGCGACGCCCACAGUCAGGCGGCUCUUUGGACCCGGAUCUUUAAACAUCAUCUGGACCUGGGACACAACAGCGAGGCCUAUGAAGCUCUGACCCAGAACCCUGACAGCAGCAUGCAGCUGGAUUGUCUCCGUCAGCUGGUCGUGGUUCUGUGUGAACGCUCUCAGCUGCAGGAUUUAGUCCAGUUUCCCUACGUGAACCUGCACGAUGAGGUGGUCAGCAUCAUCGAGUCUCGCGCUCGCGGUCUGGACCUCCUGACGCACAACUAUUAUGAGCUGCUGUACGCCUUCCACAUCUCCCGGCACAACUACCGGAAAGCGGGGACCAUCAUGUUCGAGUUCGGGAUGCGCCUCGGUCGGGAGGUUCGGACUCUGCUCGGCCUCCAAAAGCAGGUGAACUGUUACCUGGCUGCCCUCAACUGUCUGCGCCUCAUCAGACCCGAGUACGCCUGGAUCGUCCAGCCGGUAGCUGGGAGCACGUACGAGCGUCCGGGAGCGUCGCCGAAGAGAAACGCUGACGGAGAGUUUCCUCCUGAACCAGCUGCAGGUAGACGUCAGGUGGACAUCCUGGAACUGACCGACCUGGAGGAGGAGUACUUCCUGUCCCAAGCCCGCCUCACACUCGCUCGGCACCACCUGCCGUCUGCAGCCAUUGCAGGCAGCGCGUCAGCACCAGAACUUGUUCUGCUUCUGGCCCAAACGGGACUCUUUGACACGGCGCUGUCCCUGAGUCGAACCUUCAAACUGGAUCUGAGUCCAAUCUUCGAAGCUUUGACCUUCAAAUGCAUCCAGCUGCAGUUUGGGGGGGAGGAGUCUCAGAACGAAGCUUGGAGCUGGUUGGCUGCUAACCAGUUGGCAGUCAUAAACACCAAAGAGACCAGUGCCACUGAUGAGGCGUGGCGCCUGCUGGCCUCUUACCUGGACAGUUAUCCUUCCACCAACGGGCAGCAUCAUCGCCACGUCAUCCACAAGCUGCUGUCACACGGAGUCCCACUGCCUGAUUGGCUGGUUCAGUCCUACAAGCGUCUGGAUGCUCCGUCUUUGCUGCGCCUCCUCCUGAACUUUGACCUCCUGGAGGUGGCGGCCGAGUUCGUGUUGGAGUACGUGGAUGCAGUCCUCGGGCGAGGACACCAAUACUUUGGAAUUGAGAAGCCGCUGUCGACCACGUCUCCGCCCACCUGGCUGCCGUACACCGCCAUCGAUCAGCUCCUGCACGCUCUGAGCAAGACGCAAACACACAGCGGCCUUCACACCAAGCUUCAGGACAAACUAGACGAGUAUCACAGCGUCGUGCGUCAGAUGACCGAACGGCGGCUCACUCAGACGAGUCGCUGCUGAGAUCAGCUGAUCAAUAACCUGAUUUAUUACUUCCUGUUUUUCCA